AUGGGCGUAUCUUCAACAUCAAAGGUUGCCUUUGUCACAGGUGCCAAUGGCAUCAGUGGUUUUUCCAUCGUCGAACAUCUCGUUCGUCAGCCCAAAGAGCAAUGGUCCAAAAUCAUCGUCACCUCGAGGCGCCCGCUUCCAAAUGCGUGGAUCGAUCCUAGAGUAGAAUUUGUUGCUAUUGAUUUUCUCGACACGGUUGAGAACAUCAUGGCCAUCAUGGCUGAUCGCUGCAUUGAUGUCACCCAUGCUUUUUUCACCUCCUAUGUCCAUUCUGAUGACUUCAAAUUGCUUCGUGAUAAGAAUGUUCCUCUCUUCCGCAACUUUCUUGAUGCGACCGAUGCUGCGUGCUCCAAGCUGCUGCGUGUUUCUCUACAAACCGGGGGCAAGUAUUAUGGUGUCCAUCUCGGGCCUGUCAAAGUUCCUCUCGAGGAGUCAUUCCCACGAUAUGAUGAUCAGGGGUACAACUUCUAUUACAAUCAAGAGGACUAUCUUAAAGAGCUCCAGGCUCGUCGGAACAAGUGGUCAUAUAACAUCAUCCGACCCAAUGCAAUCAACGGCUACGCACCCCAUGCUAAUGGCAUGUCUGAGGUCUUGACCAUCGUCAUUUACAUGCUUAUUUGCCGCGAGCUUGGUCAGCCGGCUCAUUUUCCGGGAAAUGAAUAUUUCUGGAACUCCAUUGACGAUAACUCAUAUGCUCCAAGUCUGGCAGACCUCACUGUCUUCGCUGCUUCGCACGACCACUGCAAAGAUGAAAUCUUCAACCAUGUCAACGGUGAUGUCUUUGUAUGGAAGUAUAUAUGGCAAGAGUUUGCGGCCUACUUUGGGCUUGAGGUUCCUGAGCCCAACUUCCAUAAGACAGCUGGCCGGGCGGAAACAUUAUCCAAUGAGAUUGACAUGAUUGAAUGGGCCAAAGACAAGCGACCGAUUUGGGAGCAGGUUGUCCGCAAGUACGGUGGCAAGGCUGAGAUAUUUGAUUGGGGUACCUGGGGCUUUUUCAACUGGGCUACUGGUAAGUCGUGGUUGACAAUCUCCUCGAUCAACAAAGCGAGAAAGUUCGGCUGGCAGCGGAACGACAGCACGCUUGAUACCUGGAUCGAGACAUACCGGUCCUUCGAGAACGCCGGGGUUCUUCCUUCACGUAUGGCUUUGACCAAAGCUGCUUGA